GUCCUUAAGGGGUUAAAAAACUUAAUAUAAACUUAGCUUUAUACUGCCAUUUUACGAUCUGAACAGAGUCAUCUAGAAAGUUCUGCUACCAGGAGGAAGCCUGACAAACACAUAUGUUUCUACUGAUUAAGUGACAAAGGCCUUUGAUGCUUUAAACAUUACUGUAUUGUCAUGGUAAUUCCUAAUAUAGGCUGUGUAGAGGAUGGCUGUUAGUCCACUGCCCCAUACCUGCUUUUGUACACACAUCGCUUGUUCUGUCUUUAACUUAGCAAAGUACUUUCUAAAACAAUGGCACUAUGUGAAUUAUUUAACACUUUCAGUGCCUUCAUUUGCUUACUUCCUCUUCUGGUUUGGUCAAAGUUCAGGGGGUGGUUAGUGUAUUUGUAAGAUGAGUGGGCAGGAUCAAGUUUCAGUCUGUUCUUGUAUAAAGACCAGCAUAGUAAGUAGUAUACUCCAGUACCUAUCAUCUUCUGUGGGAAUCCACUGUGUACAGAUAAACAGGUUUUGAAGGUUUUGUUGGGGGAACAGUGUUAUGAUCCAAUCUGAAUGACUAACGAGGAGGAGCGAUUACUUCACGGAUUGAUUGAAGAGUCUAUUAGCGGUCCAUUGUAUGAAAUAGUAUUUGUUCUCUCUCUUGUCCUGAGAAUAUGCAUAUGAGAUGGUAGAGAAUGACUAAAAAAAUUGCCAUGGAAAAAGCCCAUUCACUGCAUAAUAAUAGAAAGUGUGUCAUCACAUAAUAUCGGAAAACAAACUUUGUCACCGGCAUGCGUCAGCUGUUGUGUCACGGGGUGGCUGCAUAGUAAGACUUAGGGAGCAUGUGUCAAGCUCUUUGCAGUUCACAUGGUCAGUGUAAACAAGAGGUUGACCAGUCUUGACUUAACUUUUACAAGCUAAGUGUUUUAAGUUCUCCAACUAGGUAGCCACAAAGAAAUGAAUGCAAAUACUAAAAAGUGGACUUCGGUAAUAUUUGCAGAGCGGCGGCUGGAAGGAAAUGUUGAAAUGUGUGUGUAAGAGGAGCUGAAAGGGGGAGAUGCAAAGGAGGAACUAGAGCAAGAGCAUUGUACUGUAAUGUGAUAUUCCGAAAAUCAGCUAUCUAAUCUUGCCUGCAAAUUCCUUCCCCCUCUCUCUGCAUGACAGAAGGCAGUUUGCUGUGCUGUAGCUGGAGGCAGUGUCUGUGAAGCUGAAGAGCAAGCAAGGAAUGAGCCAGAAUAGCAGCGUGAUCCACUCCACAGCUUCAAUGCAACCCAGGCUUCUGCUUACUAUUGUACAGCCAAAAAAAAUGUGAGGCUUUAUGUGGGAAGCCCUGAGUAGGGAACUGAUUUACAUUACCCAAGCUAGCAGUCAGGCAGAGCUCCUUGUCAGCAGACACUACUUUGGGGUUGGUUCACAUGCCAGUCACGUCCACCCUUUGGAACAGUGAACAGCAACACCGGGGCUUCAUCAAGUGAUGAGAGCAGACGUCAAACUGCCCCAUGAAUAUUGAUGUGGAGGCUAGUCUGCUUUCGUAGAGGAGCAGAAGGAAGCAAGAUGGCUGCCCUUUAGGAUUUGUUAGAAAGGAGACCAGACUGUGUUUGCUGGAUUUCUGCAAGGCAGAGGGACAUUUAAGAGAAUGCUUUCUGCAAUAUGCUUUGUGCUUGCCUUAGCUUGCUAUUUAUAACAUAAGUGUUUGCAGGGCAGCCUUGUGGAUGGCCCCGGGGCAGGCCCGAUGGAAGAGGAAAGAAGCCACCAUGAUGAGGGCAGUAGAUUGAGUCAGUUCCUAAUACAUCCAUCACAUGCUUGCCAAAACAAUCCAGCAAAGCUACAAAAUGGGAGCCUGCCAACCGAAACAGACCAACCCCAAGUCAAUGGAGACAGCUGUUCACAGACAAAAAACAUCUAUGGCAUCACACACAUGAAGGGAAACCAGGACUGCUCUGACCUCAUAUAUGAAAACAGAGUAUAUCCAAAUUUACACAAUGGUGCAAUAAAGCGCACCCUUAGUGAACCUUUACUGUCAGAGUGUCUUCAGCAGAAAAAAGUCAGAACAGUUGGUGAGGUGAAUGGAGACAAUGAUGGUGAAAAUAAUGGACAACAUGUCCAAACUGGUGUUUCUGAGUCAUGUAGCAAAGACAAAGCUGUGAGAACGGAAGAGGAUGAAAAUCCACAUGUUGAGGUUCCAAAUAAGCAGAACAAAGACCUUAAUUCUCUUAACAAUGACAGUGUAUUAUGUCAGAAAGAUGAGACAUUUUCAUUGUCUAAUGGUGCUACUGUUUCUGCCUCUUCCUUGAAGUUGCAACAUAAUGAAUUAUUAGAGAAAACAUGUUCUGAAUAUUACCCUGAAAAGGUUUCCCUUGCAGUGCAGAAUAACACACCUCACACAGUUGCCAUUAACACUCUAAAUGAUGCUAGCAAUGAUGCGUCUCCCCAGACAAAUCAUUCACCACAUACCUCAGGGCAGAUUACUUCCCAACUAUCCUUGAACGUGGUGCUGUCUCAAGGGCCAGGUGCUAUGGUUGUUGAGGCCCUCAAUGGUGACAAGUGCAGCGAGCCAGCUGUGAAACCAGGAAGCUAUUCACUUCACAUACCAGAACAGAAACCACUUCCACAAGAGGCACCCAACUAUAAUCCCCAGAAUAUAAAUGAAGCAAACUGUGAUACACGUGAGACUGGGCGAGCAAUGUGCUCAGAACAAGUUGGUGUUUCCCCAAAUCCAUCGUACCAUGGUCUCAAUAACAAAUCUAAUGACAGUUUUUCUGAAGCUUUCAAUAAAGAUCAUUUUACGCUGAUGCAGUUGAAUAAGUUACUGUAUGGCCAGGAAACUGACAGCUAUAGAACCACCCAAAACCUAUGUAGUGAUAAUUUUUUAAACUCACAAAAUAAUAAAUCAUGUCAGUCAUUUGAUCCAGGAACCAUUUCUCAGCCAGCUUUUUUGGAGUCUCAGAACAGCAAGACAUUACCCAAUGCUGGACUACCAUCUUUACACUGUUCAGCAGGAUCAGAUCCACCCCAAGAAUGUAAUGGGCAGGCAAAUUGUGCAGUUGACAACUACCCAGAAAAGCUAAAAGAGCAAAGUUCACACAUAGUGAAAGAUCAUUGCAAUGGGAUGGAAAGAGAUCCUAUGAAUGUGAUGGAGCAAAGAAGACCCUUUUCUAAGUCAAACUUCAGAGAUUUUCCACGGACUCACUAUCUGAAACAGGACCCUUCAAAGUCAUCAGAGGAUUUGUUAAGAUUACUUAUGCUUUCUCAGUCAGAAAGUCAAAAGAAGCUUAAGCAAUAUACAAGAAAACAGGGUAACAUGAAUCGGGGACAGGCUGGUCAGGAGUUAGAUGGAGCCAUAUCACCACCUCAACCUCAUGGGCAGCAGUUGAAUUUCCAAAAGCACUUAUCCCAAGGAGCGGGCACAGAUACACAACUGCAAUCCUAUGAACAGAAAAAUAGUGCUAACCUUUUUCAACAGCCUCGUUCCGAGCAGCAAAGUGAGUUUGGCCUAAAUUUAAAACGGCACUUAAACCUACAAACAUCUGAGGGUGAGCAGUUUCCACAUCUGUCAUUACACCAACAGGUUAUGCAUUCAAAGCAAGCUGAGAAUUCACAAUUUCAUCCAAACCCACAUUUUCAGCCAAGGCAAAAUCAAGAAUACAACAUGGUCAAAGAGCAAAUACCACACUUUCAUCCUCAGUCACUCUAUAGCAACACAUCACACAGGGCAAGUCCACAGAAUCACUUAAAACUGGAGGAAAACUCACAAGCAGUCAGUCAGUACCAGAAUAUGCAUCAGUACCAUCUCUCUGCUCAAAAUGUUGAGGGCCAACUGAGACAUAGUUCAAACAACACAAAUUUACAUUUCAGUCAAAGCCAGACUAAUUCACAUAGAAAGGAUCCAUAUAUGGAAGAAAAUAUGGAGGGGAGUAAAAAGCAUGUACAAGUUAAAGCAGAGUCUAUUGAGCAGUACUAUCAAAAUAGCAGACCCCAACAGCAAGACCAACAUGGUUACCAAGAGCAGAAACUCAGCGGCAAUCUUCCCAUGUUGAACCCCAACCACAUGGCACAGAACCAGGACAGGUCGACCCCACAAAAUACAGUAAACCAAAAUAGAUACUUACCACACAGCAGUUCUGCCGCUCAGCCUUUGCAAGAUCAAACGGGAUAUCAUCCUCAGUUUGCAAAUCAGAUGAAUUGUAUUCCAAAGCAUGCUGCUCUAAGACAUCAUUUACUUCAGCGCAGGGAGCAAAGCAAACAUGAAAGUUCCUCUCCACGCAGAUCUGUCAAAGUGGAGAACAGCUCACAGUCUGUCUGCAUGCGGACACCCAAUGAAAGCAGAACAGGAAAAAAAACAAUCAAAUCAGAGAUUCAGCAUUUUGGCCCAGAUAUCCUAAAACAAAGGAGUAUUCUUGAAACAAUGGAACAACAAUUGAAACAGUAUCCUAGCAAAUCAUUGUUUCAUCAUCAUGUGUCUACCAUUAAAUCGCCCAAGCACAUGAAGGUGGAGUCUUCAGGCCCUGUUACAAUUCUAACUACACACACUAACACUUCAACACUAGACCAACAGAUUGUCCAUCCACAAGAAAAGACCCCAACGAAAAGAACAGCCGGAUCUGCUCUGAGUAGUUUUUUAGAAUCUCCUUCCAAACUUCUAAGCAACCCUAUCAAAAACCUGUUGGAUACGCCUGUGAAAACUCAAUAUGAUUUUCCAUCAUGUAGCUGUGUAGAUCAAAUUAUAGAAAAAGAUGAAGGACCUUAUUAUACACAUCUUGGUGCUGGACCGAAUGUGGCAGCUAUUAGAGAGAUCAUGGAAGAAAGGUUUGGGGAGAAGGGCAAUGCCAUCAGGAUUGAAAGAGUUGUAUAUACAGGAAAAGAAGGGAAGAGCUCUCAGGGAUGUCCAAUAGCAAAAUGGGUCAUUCGACGAGGUGGACUUGAGGAGAAAAUGCUGUGUUUGGUGCGGGAAAGAGCAGGUCACUCCUGCGAUACUGCUGUGAUAGUGAUAUUGAUCCUGGUUUGGGAAGGCAUAUCAACAUCCUUAGCAGACAAUAUGUACUCAGAGCUCACUGAGACUCUACGGAAGUAUGGAACCUUGACAAACAGGCGUUGCGCCCUCAAUGAAGAGCGUACCUGUGCAUGCCAGGGGCUGGACCCCGAUACCUGUGGUGCCUCAUUUUCUUUUGGGUGCUCUUGGAGUAUGUACUACAAUGGGUGCAAGUUUGCUAGAAGUAAAAUUCCCAGGAAAUUCAAACUUCUUUGUGAUGACCCAAGAGAGGAAGAAAAGUUGGAAGACAGUCUACAGUACUUGUCAACAAUGAUGGCACCAAUAUACAAGAAGCUUGCACCAGAUGCCUAUAAUAACCAGGUUGAGCAUGAGCACAGAGCUCCAGACUGCCGACUUGGCAAGAAGGAAGGUCGCCCUUUCUCAGGAGUUACCGCUUGCUUGGACUUUUGCGCUCAUUCCCACAGAGAUCUGCACAAUAUGCAAAAUGGCAGCACACUGGUUUGCACUUUAACCAGAGAAGACAAUCGUGAAACUGGGAAAAUUCCCCAGGAUGAGCAGCUGCACGUUUUACCUCUUUAUAAAGUUGCCAAUGUGGAUGAAUUUGGCAGCAAAGAGGCACAGGAAGAGAAGAAAAGAACAGGUGCUAUCCAGGUUCUGAGUUCUUUCCGUAGGCAAGUGAGAAUGCUGGCAGAGCCUGUGAAAACCUGUCGGCAAAAGAAAAUGGAAGCCAAGAAAGCAGCAGCAGAAAAACACUCAGCAAACUCAGAAAAUGGUCCAAACAAAGGUGAAAAAGAGAAAUCUUCUCGCUACAAGAAUGCUCAUUCUGAAAUGGCUAACCAUGAAAAACAGCUUGCAGACGUUUUACGACUUUCAGGACAACCGGGUUCCAUUCCUAACAUUGGUCACACAAACCUCAUGAAUUCGUUUCCUCCAGCAGACCCAAAUAACCAUUAUGCAAGGAUUCCUAAUUUGGCCGAGCAUUAUCAGAAUUCCUCCUCCAACUUUGCUAGCUCUAAUCACAUGGAUCUUUUUCACGCACCUCCAAACUCAGCAGCUUCCUGUGCCUCCACUCCAAUGAACCCUUACCAAGGAUCUUUAAAUCAAAGUAGUCCAUGUCCCCCAUAUCCAUGUAACGGAAAUGUCCCAAUGGACAACUGUCCUCCUUAUCUCAAUCAUUAUCCUUCACCUCAACAACAUAUGUUUUACAGGUUUAAAAACCAAGAUCCCGUGGCUAAUCUUACUAUGCCUCCAGUUCAGUCAUUGUACCAGCAGAGGUUUGCUAAUAGUAAGGCCUAUGGUCAUAAAUACAUGAAUUAUGGAAACCAAAGUGCGCAAGUUGAGGAUUUUAAUGGCUGCAAUCUCAAACCAAACUCUAACUCCAUGGGAUCCUUUAACCCUUACCCUGUGCAUCAAGGAGAUAAUCACUUGAUGGAUGCUGUCUCAAAGGCAAACCCCAACCUUAGUAAUACAGACUACAAUGCUAUGAGCAAGAAUGGUGAUUACCCUCUUCCACACUCCUUCCGGGCUCAUGAAAGCAAUGUGUCCAUGGGAGGCAGAGCUGGCCCUCUGCACCUUCAUGGUAAAAACAGUGACAUGCACUCAAACAUAAUGAAUGGGAUACCUGAAAUGCUUCCAAGUCUUAAUCAUGACAGAACUGCUAUGGGAGGUCUCAGUAGAGCUAAUGGUGCUAAUGUUCAGGAAAAGCUACCACAGGCCUCAGCACCUGUCCAAGAAGACCCACAAGAAGUGUGGUCAGACAGUGAGCAAAGCUUUCUAGAUCCUGAUAUAGGAGGAGUGGCAGUGGCCCCAAGUCAUGGUUCAAUCCUCAUUGAAUGUGCAAAGCGUGAGCUCCAUGCUACAACCCCUUUAAAAAACCCCAAUAGGAAUCACCCUACUAGGAUAUCACUAGUAUUUUAUCAACAUAAAAGCAUGAAUGAGCCAAAGCAUGGCUUGGCAUUGUGGGAAGCAAAGAUGGCAGGCAAAGCCAGGGAAAAAGAAGAGGACUGUGAAAGGUAUGGUCCAGAUUACGUUGCUCCGAAAUCUUACAAUAAAAAGUCAAAGCGGGAACCUGUUGAACCAACCCACGAGCCUGCUGAACCGACCUAUCUACGUUUCAUCAAAUCGCUCACACAAAGGACAAUGUCAAUGACCACAGACACACAAGUCACCACAUCUCCAUACGCCUUAACACGGGUUACAGGUCCUUACAACAGAUACAUAUAGUCUGUUCAGUUACCUCACAUACUUCAGAUUGGUGCACCAUUUUCUGAUAGGCUUGUUCAUGUGGUCGUGUGGAAUGCUGUGACUGAGAGGGGACAGUAUUGUUGACUAAACAUAAAUGUGAUCUAUGGGAAAGAAUACCAGCAAAACCAAGAAAAGGUAUCUUCACCAUCAGAUAUCUCUUCUUUGACUAACAGGUCACAGAAUAUGUCAAAGAAUACAAUCACCCUAUGCAAUGGUGUUCAGCAGAUAUGAAAGCAGGUUUAUUGGAUGAAGAAAAAAUAGUAUUUUUUAUCUUUGACCAUAUAACAUUGUACAUCUGUGACCACUUUUAUAUAUAAAAAAAAAUGUCUAGGUAGGAGCCAGAGAUAAACUUGCUGUAGUAUUACAACAUCAGGAAUCUUACAAAGACGUUGCGGUGCUGACUUCUUAAUGUGCUAAAUGAUACUGGAAUUGCAACUUUUUUUUAACCUACGCUAUAAUGGCUUAAUAAUGACCUCCAGUGUACUGAAGUAAUGUAGAUACACAGAUCAUAGUUUUAAACGAAACACUGAAAAUAUUUGGACAUUUAGAAAAAUUGGUGCUAUCAUGUGCGUCUUUAUGAAUACUUAAUGCCUUGAAAGAUAAAUACCAUUUAACGAGAAUACAUAAGUUAAACAAGAGAGAAAAAGUACACUUUUAAGAUAAUUCUAAGUGUUUUCUAUAAGUUCUGUUACAGACUAGUUUACUAUUCAUAACAUUUAGUGAUCACAAAUGAAAGAGCCUACUGUAUACCCUGCUAUAUCCUGCAUUGCAUAUCUUUUUUGUAAAUAGAAUGUUUUCAUUUGUUUUAAUAACUUAUCUAUUGAAACCAAAAGGAAAACUCUGGCAAAAACAAACUUAUCCCCCAUCCACAGGAUAGGGGAUAAAUAGAUGAUCGCAGGGGGUCCGACCGCUGUGACCCCCUGCAAUCCUCGUGCCGGGACCCUGGCUCUCUCUGUGAGGAGCACGUGUAGUCUACCAGUAGACAGCACGUGCUCCAUUCAUUUCUAUGGGAGCGCUGAUAAUGCCCAUAGAAAUAAAUGGAGCACGUGCCAGCUGAUGGGAGUUGUAGUUUCGCUACAGCUGAGGGCCCACAGGCCAGGGGAUACUUCCUGAAAGUGUUAUUUGGUGCUUACUUAGACCAAUUACACAACAGUACAAAAUACAAUACAAUAGAAGUAUUCUUCUUGUGUCCAUAUAGGUGUUAUAUAUUUUAAUGUUAUGAGAAGCUUUUGAGGACGCCAAAAUAAUAAUCAAAUGAAUUUUAACCAUUGAUGAUCUUUAUACAUAAUAUUUUAUGUGAACAACAUUUUAAAGAUAACUCUAAAUAAUAUUAUGAAUUUAUUUAUUGAAUGGUACAAUUGUCAGAUUGAUGAGAAGUAAUAUUUUUUCACAUUUUUGUCUUGAGUUAAAUGUGAAAGACAUGGUUAGAUCAGCUCUAACCAUAGCAGUAGACUUGAGGUGCUGAUGCAUAGUUAUUGCACCAGGCCCAGUAUAAGAAGCUUUGAAGCAUACAGUGAAUAUCCUUCAAAUUAUCUUAGAAACCAUUAUGGCUGCAAGAAGAACUCCAGAAAUAUUCAUCAGAUUCGAAUUCCAUGGUUCAAGUUUGCAUUAAAGAAACAUUAUUAAUCCUUUUUCUACCUGUUCUAUUGAAUUAUCAUUUUAUUUUCUAAAACACAUUUAUGUUUAUAACAGAAUAUAUCUCCCAAAAUUGAAAUGUACAUGCCCUUUGCCACACACUAAAUCCAACUUGAUUGGCUCUGAAUCUUGAGAAUUCUAUACCUUCAUAAUCUCAAUAAUGCUGUCAGGCUAUCUCUAUAAUCCCAUUACUGUGUUGUACUGAAGUAAAACAUUACUACUUUACUACUAUACUAUAGAGAUCAGAUAGCAUAGGGAACAGAUAGGUGGAAUCUACCUGAUGGAGUAAGCACAGGACAUGAAGUACAUGUUUAGAGGGGAUGUCCAGGAAAAAAAUAUGUAUAUAUGACUGGGAUGGGUUAAAAAUAAAAAGCAACCCAUACUCACCUAUCCUGGUCCUCAUUGUCUUCUUCCUGAUGACAUGUUCUGACAAAAAGUGGAAAACAGUGAAUCCAAAAUGACACCUGCUACUAUAUAUCCUCAUCAUAUAUUCAUGGUGUCUAUCAUGAUCAUAUAUACAAUAACAGGGGGAACCCCACAUAUAUAUACACUUGUAUGAUAAAAUAAAUAACACUUUACUGAAACAUUCUCUAAAAAAACAGUGGGGACACAGGUAGACCCAGAUGUGGUUUGUUACUAUUUAGCAUAAGAGUGCUCUUAGCGGUAAUAAUUUGUAAAUGAUUCCUCUGUGGCGGCCCAGAAUUUAUCUUUGAAUUCAUCUUGUCCAUAUUCUGAGUGCUGUUUUUUAAGAGAAUAUUUCAAUAAAGUGUUAUUUAUUUUAUUGUACAAGUGGCUUCUGACAAAAAGUCCUGUCCAGUCAAUUACUGACUAAGGUCAGACAUAGCUGCAACCAGAGAUUGAUUGAGUAGGGAAGUUCCAGCUGAAACAACACAUCAUCAGGAAGAAGGAAAGGAAGUAUCAGUGAGGACAGGACCGGGAGAGGCGAGUAUAGGCUGUUCGGAUUCUUUUUACUCGACCCCUCUACUACCCCAGCCAUAUAUACAUUUUUUUAAUUCCCAGAAAACUAAGGCAUAAUUCACACAGAUUUAUCUGUAACAAUUCAAUAAAUUUUAAUAAGUAGAAAACCAGGUGUUUUAGAAGGAACAGAUUUUUGGAAUACUCCAAAAUUUUUGGUUUAUCUAUCAUUUAAAGUUACCUAACAUUUUCCAAUGACUCACAUUAGGGGGGGGGGGUUAAUCAAAACAUGUGCAGAGGGACAGUUUGGCAGUUUCCCAUAGCAACCAAUCAGAUUGCUAUGGGAAAACCGCAAUCUGAUUGGUUGCUAUGGACAACUGCUCCACUGUUUCUCUUCACAGACUUUGAUAAAUCUCCCCCUAUGUAUUUCCAAGUUACUUACUCUAUAUUGCUAAUUUACUUCUACAAAGAAUCAUGCUUGUCUUAAAGGGGUUGUCUGAGUUCUAGUAGCUAAAGUUAAAUAGACAGCAAUCAUAUAAAAAUAUAUACUAGUAUACAAUAAUAUAAUACACAAGUUGUUAGAGCUCUACUUGCAGCCUGUAGCACUUGCACAAUAGUACAGAAAUGCAUAUGUGUGAAUAAUGGUUUCCAAUCCAAAUGAAUAUGCCCAGAUUUGUCAUUUUGCCUUAAAGCCGGAGCUGUUGGCAUCACCUGACAGUUUUGGUUUAUAAAUCUCGACCAAUGCAGUGAUCUCCCAGCACAGGAUUGUGACACAAUUGGGGGCUUAGCUGUCAAUUUCAUCCCACAUACAUUCAUUUGGGUGCUUUUAAAGGGUUGGCCGCUUUAUGCAUAUAUUAUUUAAUGUGUGUGAGGCAGGUGUAUAAACUACUUAUUUAUUGAAAGUUCUGUGCGGUUUUCUUAUUCUUGUAGACCACAUCGCUUGUUAUAGAAAGGCCUCUAUCCCCAUUAGCAAAAGGAUCACAUCCCCCAAAAAAGUGAUGGGACAUGUCCCUGGGUAAUCUGCUGGUUUCCUGGAUGACCAAGAUCUGCACAAGUGUAUUCAUUCAUUGGAGACUCGGCUUAAAGGGGAAAACUAUAUUUUUUUUAACCAACUGGUGCCAGAAAGUUAAAAAAUUUGUAUAUUACUUCUAUUUAUAAAUCUUAAU